AUGUCGUAUGCCCAAGUCCUUCGAGACGCGAGGAAUAAGGUGGACCCUAGGUCGGCGGGCGUCUCCAGAAUCCGUCAGACCCUGGAGGGGCAUUUGUUGUUGGAGGUGGGAGGGGAGGACCGCAAAUCCAAGGCGGACCUCCUCGCCACCAAGUUAAAAGAGGCUCUCCCUGAAGGAGUCAGUGUGGCUCGUCCGUCCCGAAACGUGGAGAUAUUAGUUUCGGGAUUGGACGAGUUCACCACGGAGGACAACCUCCGCAGAGAUUUUGCGACAGAGUUUGGUGGCGGGAAUGGCGUUAGGGUAGUAUCCCUGCGUCGCUCCCAGCCCGUGGGUGGAGUCGCCUUGGUCCGCUGCCCAGCUGAGGUAGCGGCCAAGGCGAUUAAAGCAGAAAGAUUGCCGGUGGGCUGGGUGAUG